AAAGAAGCAGGAGAGGUUUGGUGGUGUUUCAUGCUUUGAGAUUCGUUUUCAUGUCUGGUGUUUCUGCUCAGGUUUGGUGGUGUCUCAUGCUUUGAGAUUCGUUUUCUUGUCUGGUGUUUCUGCAGAUUGCUCAGGGGAUGAUGGAGGAUGAUGGGAGCAUGGAGGAUGACAAUGGAGCCAUGGGCCAUGGUUGUCUGGGAAUGGAUAGGGUGCUGCCGAGGAGGUUCUCGCCUUCAGUGAGUCCUCUACUGCUCCCAAGGCGUGGUUUUUCCCUGCCUGAAGCUCCACUCUUUACUUUGAUUCCCAGGAUCAAGGCCUUCCUGUGCCUUGCCAAGAAGAGUGAUUCUCCUCCCUAUGGCCAAACAGUUCUCAAACAGAGCAUUUUGGAUGAUGCGAAUGGAUUUGAAGAUGCAUCAGAAGAAGUAGCUGAGAACGAUGGUAGUGAUGAAUUUGAAGAAGAAAGAGGGAGUUUGGAGGAAGAGUUCAUUGAGGAUUUGGAUGAUGAGAUUUUGAUGGAAGAUGAUGAAGAUUUCGAAGAUGACUUUGAGGCUGAUGUUGACAAUGUUAAUGUUGGAGAUGGAGUUGGUGGAGGUGGUGUUUCUCUUGCUGGUACAUGGUGGGACAAAAAGGCAUUGUCUAUUGCAGAAGAGGUCUCGAUGUUAUUUGACGGUGACUUGAAGCUAUAUGCUUUCAAAACAUCUGCAAAUUCCAGUAUCCGUGUGCGCAUUGAAAAACUCUCUAAUAAGUCCAGUUCUCCUAGCAUGGCUGAUAUUCAGGCAUUUUCUUCUGAAUAUCGAGCACGUUUGGAUGAAGCUGAGCUUGCUGGAACUGUACCGGUAAACAUAUCAUUGGAGGUGUCAUCUCCUGGAGUUGAAAGAGUUGUUCGAAUUCCUGAAGAUCUCGACCGCUUCAAAGACCGUCCCAUGUAUGUGAAGUACACUGCUGAUGGUGAUCAAGAAUCCGAUGGUAUCUUCAGGCUCAUCUCAUUUGAUCUGGACUUGUGCAAUUGCACUUGGGGAAUUGCAGAUGUGAAGAAGAACAGACAGCAAGCAGGCAAAGGUAGACCUUUAAACAAUAAACAAAGAGAAUGGAGGCUACAAACUUCUUUUGAUUCGUUGCGCAUUGUUCGAUUACAUUCAGACUGUUAAUUAAAUUAAUCCUUGAGAUUAUAAACAAUCACAAAGUGAUAAAGAGUUAUCAAACUGUGAGCAAUUUCCACAUUGCAAUGUAUUUACAAGCCAACGGUCAGUAUCAUCAGUGAAUAACAUUUGUGCUUGUCAAUAGAAUGAAUUCACUACCUUGA